UAGCAACCCGCUCUGUUGACAUCGCCCGGCGGUAGCCUGGGGCGGAGAAUAAGGGCCCCGGGUGAUCGUCGUUGUUCGGCCUUGGUGGGACCUCGCUCCCCGCGGGCACCAUGCGCAAGCUGGGCCUGCAGCGGGACCUGGCCGAGGCGGCUGCGCUGGAGCGGAGGCGGCAGCGGGAGCUGCACAGGCAGAGCCGCAUCUUCAACGCCCGAGUCAGGACCAUCGGGGUUGAUAAGGAUGCUUUGGAUACUCAAAUCAAUGAUAAGAAGAUUCAAGAGGCAAAUGAGAAAGCACGACAUGAGACAAUUGCUGGUGAAAUGAAGCAAAAUGACAAGAUCAUCUGUAUGUUAGAAGAACGACAAAAAGAGGACAUCAAAAACCUAAACAAAGCUGUCACUGAGUUUCAACAGAAUUUUCAGAAGCCAGAAACUCGGCAUGAAUUUGAUUUGUCUGACCCACAGGCCCUGAAGAAGGAUACUCCUGCUCGCCUCUCUGAUAAUGACCCUCGAUGUACUAUAUCUGGCUUGCAGAAGUUUCUAGGAGAAGAUUUAAACCAUGAUCGGAGGGUGAAAUUUCAAAAGGAGCAGUCAAGAGAAUGGUCUCUACAGCAACAGAGAGACUGGAAGAAUGCAUUAGCAGACCAGAAAUUUGCAGAGGAUCUCCAUGACAAGAACAGGAUAGACCUAGAUCAAAAGGCUAUGGAGCUACAAAGAAAAGACGUAGAAACCAGACAAGCUGUUUGUGCAGCUACCAAGGAUUUUAAUAGGACCCAGGUUGCAGAAUUUGCAGAAAGAAAAAUGCUAGAAAAGCGUCAGGAAGAAGAAGAUAAUGUGGCUGAAAUUUCCAACCUCCUUCGAGGAGACUUGCUUUCUGAAAACCCAGAACAAGCAGCCAGUUCGUUUGGGCGACAUCGUGUGAUUACUGAUCGAUGGAAAGGAAUGAACCAGGAUCAGUUGAUGGCAAUACGUUACACUCAACAGCAACAAGUUCUGGAGAAACUGAGGCUGCAGGAGGAAGAACGGCAAAGAAAUGCAGAGUGGGACAGGCAACGUAUACAGGCCGCCAGAGCACAACUUCUUUUUGAGCGGCAUCAACAGCGACUAAAUCGAGAACUUCGCAGAACUCUGGAUAAUGCUAAUGCACAACUCUCCCAGGAGCAGAAAUCAAAAAAAAUUUAUCUUCAGGAGGAAGUGUAUUCAAAUUUUCCAACAGGCCAAUAUUUUACACAGUUUAAUACAACUAGCCGGUGACAUAUGAGACACAUCCAUUCUCUGAAAUAUAAAUUUAUGUAAGGUUUAUAGAAAUAAAGUUUGAUUAACUUUCACUGCUUUUCUACCUUUUCCCCCAAAUUUCCAGUUAAGAUAUUUGUGCAUUAAAACAAACCCAUAUUGUCCUGAUGGCAUGUACUUGUAAGUCAUAAGCCUGAUGAUUGUUAUUCCUCAUAAUUAAUGAGAAAUAUAGAGAUUGCUGUUAAUUCAUGCUUUGGAUUGGGGGAUAUUUUAAUAAUUAACAUUUCUCAGGGGGAAAAGGAAAAUAACUGCAAAUAACACUGAAAUGAUUAUUUGAGUGCUAAUUUAGAGAAGUUAUAGGACCAAAUCAAUUCCUGGUCUGAUUCCAUCCCAGUGAAGAAUUUGGCCCAUUGUGGAAUAUUUUUUUUAAAUUUGUAUUUCAGAUUUUUUCACUACUCAUUUUUACUGCAUUGAAGUUCAUAUUUUGACUGAAACCUUCCUUUUACAGGUUACAGCAAUAUUGAGAUUACAGCAUGAUUGUCAGAUAACUUAAAAAAGUAUAACAAAACCUGAUCUUCAUAUAUGCUUUUCAGAGACCAUACUCUAUUUUAAAAUGCAGGAGGAAGUAUGGGAGGAGUAAUUGCUAUUGUUGAGAGCAAAGAAAAUGAAAUUAUUCUGAAUAUUUAUCCAUAAUUUUUAUAUAUAUAAAUAAAUAGAAUUGAAUUAA